GGAACACUGUAUCUGCCAAACAGUCCGCUGCUGUAAAUACACCAGGGUUUCAUUGAUAGUUACACCAGUGUGGAUGCGAACAUGUCUGCAGUCAAUAGUGACCAGCUCCAUCGAUCGACCUUGGGGAUUUACUCAAGCUUAAUGGAUGAAUUCAACCCGAGCCUCCAGAAACUUGUGUCGCUAGGACAUAGCUACGUCCGAGCUUUUCAAGCUCUGGCUGUAAAAAGCGAGGCUUACUUCACUGCACUUUCACAGAUCGGCGAGCAGGCGUUCCACACCACGUCCUCACGCCCCAUAGGAGAUGUUUUGAUUCAGAUUGCUGAGAGCCAAAGGAAACUGACCUUGGAACUGGAGACAGCAUUUCGCUGGUUCUCUGAGGAUAUUCUUCUUGAGAUGGACAAUAAUGUGCGACUGGACAAAGACUACAUAUCAGGCAGCAGAAAACAAUAUGAGAUGAGCGUCCACAGUCAGGCAGCAGCUAUGGACAGACAGCUAAGACGCGGAGCUAACCAGGAUGGUAGUGAGUACAUGCAUUUCCUUCGGGAAAGCCAUGGCGAGGCGCUGAAGGAGGAGGAGAGACGAUACCGCUUCCUGGCUGAGAAACACUGUGGCCUCAUCCAGUCCUUCUCCCACCUCAUGAAUAAGAACAGCACUAGUCUGCAGCAGAAGGCUGACUCCUGGAGAGAAGAGGUAGACGCCACCAGAGCAUCUCAUGCUGCUACAAGGCCCCCUGCGCUGGAUAACACUGCACAUAUUAGACAAGAGAACAAGAAGAAUAGAGAAGAGCAGCUGCUCGGCAACAUACCAUCAAGGGCCCCGUCUCCCCAGGGAAGCAUAUAUCGCUCCACGGCGGAGUCAGUUGGGGGUGGAGGAAGAUCCAUGAGGGCCCGGGUGGCCCAUCAGCCUGGUGGCGGUAAUCCAACCCUGCUGCACUUCACCAGGGGAGAGACGAUCACUGUUCUCGUCCAGCAGCCGAAAAACGGCUGGUUGUACGGCCGUGCUGCUGGCAACAAUUCACGUCAGGGAUGGUUCCCGGCCUCUUAUGUGGAAGAGGUGGAUGACCUUCCUAUGCCAGCGGACUUGGGUAGUUCCAGUCUGCGGGGAAGAGCCAACACCAGCGUGAGUAGCCGCAUGGACCUGGCAGGAAACAACACCCCGCCCCCGCCCCCUCCACCACCAAUGUCUCAGUCUUCAAAUAAAAACUCUGAGAUGCAAACACGCGUAUCUGACAAGAGGGCCGAGUCUUACCCAGAAAAAAAGCGAUCCCAGCAAGAGGCAUCAAGACCUGAACUCUUUCCAAAGGGUACCAACCCGUUUGCAACGGUUAAGUUGAAGCCCACAUCCACCAAUGACAGGUCAGCGCCUCGUCUGUAUCGCAAAUGAUAUAUUAAACGAUUCUGUUUCCAGCUGAGGUGAGAAAAGAGCAACAUGGCUUGGACUGCACGUAUGCAAGCGACCAGAAUCUGUUCAAGUUUUAAUUGGACCAUAUGAAAGUUAUCAGCUAAAUGUUUUUGGAAUGCUUAAUUCAUCAUUUCUGGCAAGAAAUUUGACUCUGAAUACUUGACAUUUUCAUAACUGCAAUGUGUAAAUAGUGGAUAAGUGUUCUAAUGUACACGUGCCGCAUACCUGCAGAUGGCCAGUAGGGGGCAACAACACUUUAACACGUUUAUGAUACAGCGUUCCCUCGUUUAGCGCAGGGGGUGGGUUCCCAAAGUAGUCCGCAAUAAGUAGCCAACUUCAUUUUUGUAGAAUUAUUAUGUAUGUUUUAAGGCUGUAAAACCCCUCACCAUACACUUGAUACACUUUUCUCAGACAAGUGAACCGCGAUAGGGCCAGGGAACACUGUACGCUAGACAAGGCUUUAAAAAAUAGCUUUUUUAAACGAAUGAAAUACAAAAAUAAUUUAAAAAUGAGAUAUUUCCAUGAAAUUUCCUGUAUAUCUUGUCCUUAUCAUGGGUUAGAUAUAAAACUGAGCUUUAAUUUUAUGUUCUUAGUAUGUUCUCAGUUCUUAUCAAUACAGUCUGUGCAGUCAGUGCCAAUUUCUUUUUCUGUGUUUCAUUCCCACCGCCCUACGCUCUGUGUGUCCUCACCAGUCUAAUGGCACCAUGUCUUUUUUGUCUAACUGAUACCAAUAGCGUUCUUCUUCUCAAGACUGAUAUCAUACCGAUAACCGAUUUUUUUUUAAAUCUACUUUUUUUUAAAAUUUUGAUUUAACUGUUGCCUCAUUCGAGCAUUUUUUUAAAUUAUCGGUUAUCAGAGCGAUUUUUUUUAAGAUAUCGGAUUUAUCGGUAUGAUGUCAUAAUUCCCUCAUAUCGGCCCGAUAAUUAGCGAUCUGAUAAUUAUUGUGCACCACUAAUAAUGACACACCUGGAAGAUUGUUUAAUAUUACAUGAUAUGUGUGAUUAUUACACAAGACAGGACUUUACAAAGUGGAACAUGUAAUGCUGUAAUAAUGACAUCAUUGCUGUACAUACCAUGGAAUUGAUCACCAAUAAUAAAUU